AUGUUUACAUCGCGAAGGUGCGCGGUACAAAAUUGACUCGUUCGAUCAGCCAGCGUAAGAUUUUCAAAUUAUCAAGUCUCUCUACGAUUUCUCUCUGCGAUGGUCGUGACGGGUAAAGGCAAAAUUUAUAAUUUGAUCGAACUCUUGUGUAUUUCAUUUUUCUGACGCUUCGUAAUACGUUAUAGAAUUGAAUCGAACGGCUAUCGGGUGAAUAUUAAGACGAAUAGACAAAUUGAUCCACAACUUUCAUCAAAAUUAAGAAGACAAGUUUUUACAUAACUCUACAAAAUAGUAUUUUCACCAGUUAAAGCGGGGAUCAAUUGAAAAGGCAGCAAUUAUGAAUGAUAAAAAGUCUAAAAAUGAUGUGGAUUCAACCAAUGAGGACCAGAUAGUACCAAAGAGGAAAUUAUAUCCAGAUAAUAUCUAUUUUCCCGAGGAUCUACCAGCUGAUUGGCUACGGGUACGGUCCUUAACCAACGAGGACCAGAUAGUACCAGAGAGGAAAUUAUAUCCAGAUAAUAUCUAUUUUCUCCAAGAUUUACCAGCUGAUUGGCUACGGGUAGUAGAUGCUACCGAUGAAAAAACAAUUGUCACAGGAUGUACAGAUGCACAAAAGAUGUUAGAUCCAACCAAUGUAGAUUCUACACUGGCUGAAUCAACAGUGCAAAGAAAAAAAUUUUAUCCAGACAAUAUCUAUUUUCCACAGGAUCUAUCACUUGAAUCACUGGCAAUAGAUGCUACCAAUAAAAAAACAAUUGUUACAGAAUCUGCAGAUGCACAAAAGAUGUUAAAUCCAACCAAUGUAGAUUCCACAGCGACUGAAUCAACAGUACCAAAGAGGAAAUUAUAUCCAGAUAAUAUCUAUUUUCCACAAGAUCUACCAGAUGAUUGGCCAUCGGUAGUAGAUGCUACCGAUGAAAAAACAAUUGUCACAGGAUGUACAGAUGCACAAAAGAUGUUAGAUCCAACCAAUGUAGAUUCUACACUGACUGAAUCAACAGUGCAAAAAAAAAAAUGUUAUCCAGACAAUAUCUAUUUUCCACAAGAUCUACCAGCUGAAUCGCCACUGGCAAUAGAUGCUACCGAUGAAAAAACAAUUGUUACAGAAUCUGCAGAUGAACAAAAGAUGUUAAAUUCAACCAAUGUAGAUUCCACAGCGACUGAAUCAACAGUACCAAAGAGGAAAUUAUAUCCAGAUAAUAUCUAUUUUCCACAGGAUUUACCAGCUGAUUGGCCAUCGGUAGUAGAUGCUACCAAUGAAAAAAUAAUUGUCACCGAAUCUGCAGAUGCACAAAAGAUGUUAGAUCCAAUUAAUGUGGAUUUCACGCUGGUUGAAUCAAAAGUACAAAGAAAGAAAUGUUAUCCAGAUAAUAUCUAUUUUCCACAGGAUCUACGGGCUGAAUAGCCACCUGUAGUAGACGCUACCAAUGAAAAAACAAUUGUCACAGAAUCUGCAGACGCACAAAAGAUCUUAAAGUUCAAUAAAUAUGUAUUCCAUUGAGACUGAAUAAAUGUACCAUAAAAGAAAUUAUAUGUAGAUAACAUCAUGGUAGGUGAAUUGGUAAAAUGAAAUUAGUAGUAAUUAGAGUAGUGUGAAGUUUAAUAUGUAAAGAAAUGCACACCAAAAAUCAA